UAAUAAUAAGAGGUAGAGAUUUAGCUUGGAACACGCCACGAUAAUGUCCUCCACAGCAACCACUCCCGCCGACACGAGCGUCGAAUACCCAUCACCGGUAAAUUCUCCGCCGUCGUCGCCAAUUCCGUCAUUGCCAUUCGACGUCGUGUUGAACUGCGUGGCGCGCAUCCCGAGAUGUCAUCACUCGACCCUCUCUCUCGUCUCCAAGAGCUUCCGGUCACUCCUCACUUCGCCGGAUUGCUACACUUUGCGCUCCGAUCUCGGCUUCUCCGAACCUCUCCUCCAUGUCUGCUUCUCUACUCCUGAUCUCUCCUCCCGCUGGUUCACUCUUCGCCGCACCCCGCAUCGAACCCUACACGGCGCGACGAGUAUGAAGUCCACCGGCAAUCGUUUGGUCCCCGUCUCGUCGAUUUCGUCUCCGACAAGGUUGGGAUCUUCCGUUGUAGCUGUGGGUUCGGAGAUUUACGUUAUCGGCGGAUCAAUUGAUGGCGUGCCCUCUUCGAGCGUGUGGGUUCUCGAUUGCAGAUUCCACACUUGGCGCCGAGGCCCCGAUAUGGGUGAGCCCCGCGAAUAUGCUGCCGCUUGCGACGUUGAAGGGAAGAUACACGUGAUAGCUGGGUGCGAGUCUGAUAAGAACAAAUGGGUCGAGACGUUCGAUCUAAAGACUCAAUCUUGGGAGUCCGUGACAGGAAAAGACACGAAUCUCGGCGGUAAGAGAGCAAGCGGAAUCGCAGUGUUUGAUGGAAAGGUUUACUUCAUGGAUGAGAGGAACAACUUCUUCUACGAUCCCAAGAAAGGUACAUUGGAGACGGCGGCGCAAGCGGGGCUGUUUGUGCAUUGGAGGUGGGGGAGCAGGAGUUGGUGCGUGGUCGGUAAUGAAUUGUACUGUUGUGACACUAUGGGGAAGAUAAGGGGUUACGAUAUGGAGGAGGGAGUGUGGAGAGAAGUGAAGGGUGUAGAAGCACUGCGCAAGUUUCUUUGGCUCUGUGCUGCAAUGGCGUGCCAUGGUGGAAAGCUGGUUGUCUUCUGGUACGGCCACUGGGACAGCGGCGGUCGGGGGAAAAGCGAGAUUUGGUGUGCCGAGAUUGCAUUGGAACGGCAUUCCGACGGAGAGAUUUGGGGUUCGGUUGAGUGGUUUGAUGUUGUCCUCACAGUAGACAAUAUGUCUCAGAUUCCGCAUUCCUUGACCGUUUCAGUUUGAUUAAUCGUGAGAGGGCAUUGAAUUCUCAGUCAGGUUCUGUAAUAUUUGAUGAACUGCUUCCGUCAAAAAAAACAUCAUUCAUUA